AUGAAUUUAGAUCUUCAUCCUUCUUUAUACGAACCAAGAACUUUGGAUAAACAAUCGACUUCUAGAAUUAAAUCUCUUCUUCCAAUACCUAAUUAUCACGCAUCAUACCUUAACUCAUAUCUGGAUAAUGGUUGGACAGUUAUUAUCAAGAAAAAGUCAGUAAAAACAGGUUUUUCAGUAUUUUUAUCUGAAGACGCUUAUGUUAAAUACAAUUUUUAUAAACAUAAUCCAACUAUGGAUUCAAUUAAAUUUCAACAAAAUGGAUUUGGAGUUCCUUUAUUAAAGUUGAAUUCUAUAAAAGAAGAUAUUUUUCCUUAUUAUUAUUUAUCAUUCAAAAGAUAUUUUCCUACUAAUUUCUGGCCAUUUGAUGAAAACAAGGAUUUUUAUGAAUUUUGCAAAGUUAGUAAAACAACUCACAUUGGAUAUACAUGUUUUGUUUUUGAAUUCACUCCUGAUCCAACUGAUCCAGGGUUGGAUUUUAAAGUAUUUAUGUUUUCUCAUUCAAGGUUACCUAUAAGUGAUUAUAUAUAUAAAGGGGAAAGAAGAAGAUGGAUAGAACAAACUCUUCUGGAUGAAUUCAAGAAACAAGGAGUAAUGAGAUAUGGAUUUAAAAAUACAGUUCUAAAAUCAAAUCAAGUUUCUUUAACUGAUAAUUGGGAUGGAGAGAGUAAAGAAUUGAGAACUAAAAGUAAAAAUCCAUAUCUCUCAGGAUACUUUAAAAAACGAUUUUCAUGGUCUUAUAGAUUACCAAAAGAAGAAUACUACGGUGAAUCACCAUCAGCAAUAUUAUGUGAAACUUUGAAAUCUAUUCAACCAGGGUUUUCUGGUAUUAAAAUUAUUGACAGACUGACCCAAAACGUUGAUACUAACUAUGAGAGUACAAUAUCACUUUCUGAAGAAGUUUUGGUAACAAUAUGUAUUGGAACAGUAUUGAACUGGGAAAAAGAUGCUGAAAUAGUAAGAACACAAGAAACAACAUACCAUAAUCACAGGUCCAAACACACAAAAUACUAUUAUUCACUGUCAGAUCUGGAUUUGGGGGAGUGA